UCUACAAUGGACCCUACCCACGCAUCUCUCCCUUCUGGUCAAUGCACCCGACCGACCUAUGACCUACUAUCGCUACUAGAAUGUUCUCACCAACGACUCGCAUCAUGAUUUGAAAGCAAAGGGUCUCUACCAGUUCCUAGCCUCUUGCUUCACUGUAUCGUAGGGACGACUGUAAACCAACUUGUGUCUCAGCUGUGAAACUCUCCUCCCAACCUUCAGCGGACUGUCGGUGUCGCCUCGAGAAUAAUUAGCACGUGGUGUGUUCUCAUGUGUUCGCAGAAGUGGUCAAGCGUGACACUACCGCCCCUGCCUGAAGGGAAGCCGCCUCGAUUAACAGGUUUUUGUUAAAGCACCAUGGGCACCAUGAGUCUCAGAAGAUUAAGUAGCUGAGGACGUGCCGUUUCACUCAGAUUGUACUUUAACAAUUCAAAAAAAAAAUUGAAUGUAAUAUUAGAAGAGGAAGUUAUGUCUGCCAUAAGCAAUCAAGUCCAGGUCUCAUGUACACACAGCAUAAAGACUGAACCGAGGUCUGCAGCUGAUCUACAAGACUUAACUGAUAAAGUAAUGCUUAAGACAGAAAGCACAUUUUGUUCUGAUACAAAUAUGACUUAUUGCUCAUCAAUGAACUGUGUACAGCUUAAAAACAUUUCUGGUCCAACUUACAUAAAAUGUGAGUUUGCUAAGAAUAUUCCUCAAUCAAACUGGAAACAUGAGGAUGCUGUAAAACUGGAGCUAAACUCUCAGGAUACCAUUGGUUGUAUUAAAACUGAGCAAGUUCCUGGUGAAGAACUUCAUCUCAUAAAACCUGAACGUGGUGCACACAUUGAGCAGUCAGACUGCAGUCAUGAGAGUGCUGUGAAAGUGGAGUGCCACUGUCAAGAUGUUACCUGUUCAAUUAAGUCUGAGCAGGAUCUUGUGCAGUGUGCGAAGACAGAGGAGCAGCUUGUAUUUAAGCAAGAAGAACAAGAUGAUAGUCAUAUUGUGAAGACUGAGACAGGUUGGCCUGGUCAGCAUACAAUGAGGCAGAAUAACAUUGAUGAGAAUUGUCAAGAAAUCAGUGUUGCUAGAUGCAUAACUCCUGAGGUGACAGAUAUUAUGAGAGAAAAUCAACAUCAGACACAUGCAACUGUUACUAAAGUCACCAUUGAUUCCACAACAGGAAGUAGAAGUGAUGCCAAACCUUAUCAGUGCAAAGUGUGUUUAUGUUCUUUCAGUUUUUUUACCCUACUCCAGAAACACAAGAUGAUGCACUCUGAUCUUAAUGCUUACAAUUGUACUCCAUGUAGUGUUGUCUUAGAAAGAAUAGAUACUUUUAAACAGCAUAAGGUAACUAACAGUAAUAAGAGAUCUGACCACAGUGGUGAGAGACCUCACCAGUGUAAUGUAUGUCAUGUAGCUUUCAAAAGAUUACAUUCUCUAAAAAAACACAUGGUGACUCACAGUGAUUUGAAGCCUUACCAGUGUACUGUAUGUCCUUUAUCUUUCAAAAGAUUAGAUGUCCUAAAACAGCACAUAAUGACCCACAGUGAUAAGAGACCUUACCAGUGUUCUGUCUGUCAUGUAACCUUCAAAAGACCUAGUUCCCUAAAAAAGCACAUGGUGAAUCACAGUGAUGUGAAAUCUUACCAGUGCAGUAUAUGUAAUAUUUCUUUCCAGUUUUCAAGUGAUUUUAAAAUACACAUGGUGACCCACAGUGAUGAGAGACCUCACCAGUGUUCUGUCUGUCAUGUAGCCUUUAAAACACCUCGUGCCCUAAAACAGCACAUGGUGACUCAUAGUGAUUUGAAACCUUACCAGUGUACUGUAUGUCAUGUAGCUUUCAAAAGAUUACCUAACCUAAAAGAGCACAUGGUGACUCACAGUGAUGAGAGACCUCACCAGUGUUCUGUCUGUCAUGUAGCCUUCAAAAGAGCUAAAGCCCUAAAAAAGCACAUGGUGAAUCACAGUGAUGUGAAAUCUUACCAGUGCAGCGCAUGUAAGAAAACUUAUAGGCGGUCAUCUGAGUUAAAAAGACACAUGCUUAUCCACAGUGAUGCUACCUCAUCAGUGCCAUCAGUGUAGAGCUAGUUCCAAGCAGAGGGUAGUAUUAAUUUAACACAACAUGAUAAUUAACAGCAAUGGGAAAUCUCAUGACUGCAGUGUAUGUGAACAACCACAUGGUAUGCUAUUGAUGAGAGACCUUAUGAGUAAUGUAUGUAAAGCUUUUUUUGGACAUUUUGUCAGUGCCCUAAUUUUUGUAUACUUUGUACUAAUCCAUGAUGUAUUAGAGAGGUGAUUUGUCUACCAGAGAAAUAGCUUGUCUUUUCAAAGAACAUGUACUGAUAUUGAUGGGUAUCUUUGUGUUCAGUGUGUAAAGCUCCCAACCCCUAAAAAUGCACAUGAUAAUUCAACAUGUACCACACUUAGCACUUUUUUGGUAUAUUUUUUCCCUACUUUAUAUGCAUUGUCAAAGAUGUCAUGUCUUUUUGAAAGCAAUGAAAAUGCAAGAUACACUGAACUGUACUUUAGUUAGUUUGUUGUAUGCUACGCUAUCUCUGAUAAUUGCAAAUAAAUGAUCAAUGAGUUUACUUGUUUGAAUUGU